AUGCCUAAAGACCCAACUGCCAGCUCGAAACGUGCCCCCAAAUUAGAUUGCGAUGGUAACCCGGUGAAAACCAAGAGGGUCAAGAAAGAGAAAGAUCCCAAUGCACCCAAGAGACCACUAUCGGCCUACAUGUACUUUAGUCAAGAUUGGCGUGAACGGAUCAAGACGGAGAACCCCGACGUUUCUUUUGGCGAAAUCGGAAGGUUACUUGGUCUCAAAUGGAAAGGUCUGUCCGAGGAAGAGAAAAAACCUUAUGAAGAUAUGGCUUCCCGAGAUAAAAAGAGGCACGAAGCUGAAAAAGCAGAGUACGAACGAAGCUAG